AGGCACGCUGAUUCUGACCCACAUGGUAUGACGUCCUGCUUGAUGUGUACAGCAACGAAAAACAGUCUGUGAAGCAGUUUUAUAGAGUUAGUAUUCAACAACAGAAGAGACAUGUCUCAGUUACAAACAAGGUUCUUUACGGAUAACAAAAAAUAUUCAGUAGAUGACGUCCCAUUCUCCAUCCCUGCUGCCUCAGAGGUGCAGGAACUCAGCAACGUCAUCAACAAGCUGCUGGAAGCAAAGAAUGGGUCUCACAGCCAGAUUGAGUUUGACUUCCUGGUGCGAGGUCAGUUCCUGCGGACAUCGUUGUCAAAUCACAUGGAGGCUGAAAGCAUCUCAACGGAAGACGUGGUGGAGAUAGAGUAUGUGGAGAGGUUCACCGCUCCCCAACCAGAGGAGUGUAUGAUGCAUGAUGACUGGAUCAGCUCAGUGGAGGCAGACUCUGAAUGGAUCCUGACGGGUUCCUACGAUAAGACGGCCAGGAUCUGGUCUCUGGAGGGCAAGGCUGUGAUGACGGUGGCCGGACACACGGACGUGGUGAAGGACGUGGCCUGGGUCAAGAGAGAUGGCCUGACCUCCCUGCUGCUCACGGCCUCUCUGGACCAAACCAUUCUGCUGUGGGAGUGGAACUCUGAGAGGAACAAGCUGAAAGCUAGACACUGUUGCCGUGGACACGCUGGGAGUGUUGACACUAUCGCCACGGAUCCCACACGCACUAAGUUCUGCAGUGGUUCCUGGGACAAGAUGCUGAAGAUCUGGUCAGCAGUGGCCACAGAGGAGGAGGAGGAGGAGGAGGUAGAGGAGCCUCCCAGCAGACCCAGAAAGAAACAGAAGACUGAACAGCUGGGACUGACCAGGACACCCCUCAUGACUUUGUCUGGUCACAACGAGGCAGUGUCGUCUGCCCUCUGGUUGGACAGCGAGGAGAUUUGCAGUGCAUCCUGGGACCACACCAUCCGCCUCUGGGACGCCGAGACCGGAAGCAUGAAGACCACACUGACGGGCAGUAAGGUGUUUAACCACAUCUCCUACUCUCCACUGUCUCGUCGCCUGGCCUCUGGCAGCACUGACAGACACAUCCGGCUGUGGGACCCUCGCUCCAAAGACGGGUCGUUGGUGUUGCUGUCUCUUACCUCUCACAGCGGCUGGGUCACAGCGGUGAAGUGGGCUCCUUCCCAUGAGCACCAGCUGGUGUCUGGUUCCCUCGACAACCUGGUCAAACUCUGGGACACCAGGAGCUGCAAGGCCCCUUUGUAUGAUGUGUCUGCCCACGAGGACAAGGUGCUCUGUGUGGACUGGACUGACAGCAGGUUGAUUUUGAGUGGAGGAGCUGACAACAAACUGUACACAUACAGAUACACAGCCUGCGAGACAGACGCUGGAGCGUAGACUAGACAGACUGGAGACAGACAGAUAUAGCACCUGUGUUUUUAUUGGAUGUUAUUGAAAUGCGGUAUCCAGUCUGUGAUUAUUCUGAAUUAUAAUUUGUUUGGUUACUCUUUAUUUCUCUGAUGUAUUGCCUGUUGAUUAAAGCCUUUCCUGAUGUAGACAUGUGUAUUUAUGAACUGCUACAGUUGUGUUGAUAGAGGCUGUUCUUCCUGAUAUAAGAUAGCCACAGUGACAUACUGUUUUCUAAGAUACAGAUAGUCUCCAUGUAAUACUGUGUAUGUAUGCAGCCACAUCGUUUACAGAUUAAACUACUGUAUUGAGCACCAUCAGUGGCAGGUCUCUAUACUGCCCUCUCUUGGGAUAGAUGAAUAGAUACAGGCCUACUGUGUUCAUAAUGUGGCAUUAUAAUUCCCACUGUCGUUGUUAAUCGGAAUGUCUGUCUACAUCCAUGAUAUACCAGUGUUUAAAUACAAUAACUACCCUGUCAUCAGGUUUUCAGAUUAAAGAUAUUUUGUAUUUUCCUGCA